AUGCUUCAACCCUUGCCAAUAAAUAUGUAUACAAAGUUUGCGAGAUCCUAUCUCCGACUUGCACAGCUAAGGUUCUCUCCAUCUCUCCACGAUCAUCUAAGUGACCAACCCCUUUCUACAGCGAUGACUGACACAGAUCUUCUGCCGGACGCCGUGAUUAGAUGGGCUCCCACAAUUGAUGCACUUGACAAAGCCAUUGCCAAAAACAUGCCCCUGUGUCCAUCCACACGCUCCGGCGAACAAGAAUUCAACCAUCUCUGGCAUAACGUCUUUACCUCCCUUGCCGCCGAAAUCGAAGAAGAUGACACCAUCCCCUUGCACCUGACUUCGCCUCCCCGUCCCACCUUCUCCAUCAAGAUUUUCACGAAACCAGUUCGGGACAGGACUUGCUGGUGUGAUAACACUGGCUAUGAUUUCCAAAUCUUCCUUAGAAACCCAUCUGGUGUUACCAAAGGGGAUUUGGUAAGGGGCAUAAGGGAUUAUCUGUAUAGCGAGGAAGGGUCACAGACAAGGGUUUUCUACAGGCCAGGACAGCCGGGCGAUGGACUGGGAAAGCAGGAGGUGGAUAUGAAGCGGGUAGUGGUUUACGAUUCGACUUGGUAUAUCAUGGACAAUGAAGAGGACAUACCUGAUGAAAAUGAAACACGUUUCGAGGGAUGCACAUGGAGGGAUCCCGAGAUCAUGCUGUUUUGUUGCACAAUGGAGAAGGUGGAGGAACGACGGAAGGAAAACAACAGAAUUGGGGACACGUAUAUGAAAGAUGCGGCGGAGUGA